AUGCUUUCUCCAGAUUAUAAAUUGGUCGUAGCAUUUGAUAUUGGGACUACUUAUUCAGCAUAUGCAUACGCAGAAAAAAAGGACAUAGAUUUUAAGAAAAACGAUAUAAAUAUAACUUGCAAUGAUCCAUGGAAUUCCGGACAAUCCAGUCUCACAACAGACAAAACUCCCACCAGUGUGUUACUUAUUGAAAAUGAAAAAAAGAUUAGAUUUGGAUACAAAGCAGAGAAUAAAUAUGCUGAAUUGAUUCCGACAUCUGAUAUGCCCUUAGCUGAUGAGAAUGGUAAGAUGUUAUUGGCAGAGACUGUAUUUGCAAAAGCAAUUUCAGCGUUAAAGGACGAAUUUGAAGAAGCAAUCAAAACAACUGGCAUUGAUCUAAAUGACGAGGAUAUCCGGUGGGUGAUUACAGUUCCAGCCAUAUGGUCAGAAGCUGCAAAGCAGUUCAUGAGAAAAUGUGCUCAUUCGGCUGGCAUUCCUGGCAACCAAUUGAUAAUUGCUUUAGAACCAGAGGCUGCAUCAAUUUACUGUCAAAAUAUACCAAGUAAAGAUAAAGAUGAGGAUGCAAUAACCGUUUUCAAAGAAGGAACUCAGUACAUGGUCGUUGAUCUAGGCGGUGGAACAGUAGAUAUAGCCGUUCAUGAAAAAUUAGGAAAAGGUUUUUUGUGUGAAAUCCAUCACGCAACUGGUGACGACUGUGGAGGGCAUUCUGUAAAUACUAGUUUAGUUGAAGAAUUCAGAAAAAUCUUUGGUAAGCCUUUAAUAGAUGACGUAGAGAAGAUCCACCCAUUACAAUUUUUUAACAUCCACAGGGAAUUCGAAGCAGCCAAAAAAGUUUAUGAUCCACUUGAAAACAGCGGAAUGCAAAUGAGGAUACCAUAUUCUUUCUUAAAAAAAUUAUGUCAGAAUAUGAAUCAAAACGAUUUCGAACAAAUGCUCCUGAAUAGUGAACAUGGUGACAGAAUAACUAUGGACGACGACUUUGUGUUCAUGGAUCCAAACUUGGUAAGUCAACAACUCUUUGAACCAACAGCUAAAAGAGUAUGCGAACUCAUCAGCCAAAUAAUAUGUAAGGUGGACGAUUCAAGGCUGACAAAAAUUCUUUUAGUCGGAGGUUUUGCAGAUUCGAAAUAUAUACAACAUGCCGUUCGAACGAAGUUUCCAAAUAUGAAAGUUAUUGUCCCAAAGCAUGCGAAUCUUUGUGUUGUAAAAGGCGCAGUAAUGUUUGGUCAUUCGCCACAUUUAAUUUCUCAUCGAGUUUCAAGAUUCACAUAUGGAACAGAAGUGUCCGCUUUAUUUGAUAAUGAAAAACACGAUCAAAAGCGAAAAGACAUUGUAGAUGGAGAGAAGAGAUGUACUGGCGUUUUCAGUAUUUUUACCACUGCUGGAACAGUCUUAGAGAGGGAUACAACAAUCGAAAGGACAUACUCCACAGUACAAAAAUAUCAGAAGUCUAUUGAUCUAUCAAUAUUCAUGUCAACCAAAGAACACCCAAUGUACAUCGAUGAAGAAGAAUGUACAAAAAUAGGAAAUUUCCAUUUAAAACUAAAGCAACCAACUGAAGAAAAAAGAUCAGUACAGGUUACUGUUGUAUUUGGAAAUACCGAAUUAAAGGUUCGUGCCGUUGAUAAAAUAUCUGGAGAAAAUUGUGAUGCAUCUUUUGAAUUACCACUCUUCUAA